CUGCUGCAGUUGCGUCCAGCCGUCCGACACUGCGGAUCACACAGGGCUGUCUUUAUAUAGUGUCUCAGUGGGGGUCAAAAAAAUGGUGAACGCAACUACCGUGAAGACCAAGCCGUACACGGACCAGAAACCCGGCACCAGCGGCCUGAGGAAGAGAGUCACCGUGUUUCAGCAGAACCAGCACUAUGCGGAAAACUUCAUCCAGAGCAUAAUCGCUGUCAUCGAGCCUGACAAGCGGGCUGCUGCCACCGUGGUGGUGGGAGGAGAUGGGAGGUUUUUCAUGAAAGAUGCCAUUCAGUUGAUCGUCCAGAUUGCUGCAGGCAACGGGAUUGGACAUCUGGUGAUUGGUCAGAAUGGCAUCAUGUCCACCCCAGCAGUCUCCUGUGUGAUCCGCAAGAUUAAGGCCGUGGGGGGGAUCAUCCUCACAGCCAGCCACAACCCUGGUGGCCCCAAUGGAGAUUUUGGUAUCAAGUACAACAUCGCCAGUGGAGGCCCUGCUCCAGAGGGCAUCACAAACAAAAUAUAUGAUGUCAGCAAAAGCCUGCAGGAGUACCACAUCUGCCCCGAUCUGAAAGUGGAUCUGUCCAAGAUCGGCAAGCAGUCCUUUGAAGUGAACUCUAAGCCCUUCACAGUGGAGAUUGUGGACUCUGUUGAGGCCUACGCUGAGAUGCUGAGGGAAAUCUUCGACUUUGCUGCACUGAAGGAGCUUCUCUCAGGAGCCCAUCACAUUAAUGUCCGCUUGGAUGCUAUGCACGGAGUUGUUGGUCCUUAUGUUAAGAAGAUCGUCUGUGAAGAGCUGGGUUCUCCUGCCGACUCAGCCGUCAACUGUGUCCCCAAAGAAGACUUUGGAGGCCACCAUCCUGACCCCAACCUGACCUACGCUGCAGACCUGGUCAAAGCCAUGAAAGGAGGAGAAUAUGACUUUGGAGCUGCCUUUGAUGGUGAUGGUGACCGUAACAUGGUGCUGGGUAAACACGGAUUUUUCGUGAACCCCUCCGACUCAGUGGCUGUCAUCGCUGCCAACAUUAAGAGCAUCCCAUACUUCCAGAAGACUGGUGUGAAGGGAUUGGCUCGCAGUAUGCCCACAAGUGGAGCCUUGGACAAUGUGGCUAAAGCUCUGAAUAUGCAGCUGUAUGAGACUCCAACUGGCUGGAAGUUCUUUGGGAAUCUGAUGGAUGCUGGCAAACUCUCACUGUGUGGAGAGGAGAGUUUCGGCACUGGCUCAGACCACAUCCGUGAGAAGGACGGUUUGUGGGCAGUGCUUGCAUGGCUGUCAAUCUUAGCCCACAGGAAACAGAGCGUGGAAGAUAUCAUGAAGGAUCACUGGCAGAAGUUUGGCAGAAACUUCUUCACCAGGUAUGACUAUGAGGAGGUUGAAUCAGAUGCGGCCAACAAGAUGAUCAAGCAUCUGGAGACAAUAAUGUUCGACCCAGCCUUCAAAGGAAAGAAGUUGUCUUCAGGUGAAAAGACCUAUGAGGUGGCUAUCUCUGACAAUUUUGCCUACACAGACCCUGUGGACGCAAGUGUGUCCAAAAACCAGGGCCUGAGGAUCAUCUUCACUGAUGGUUCUAGGAUUAUUUUCCGUCUCAGCGGUACUGGCAGUGCAGGAGCAACCAUCAGGCUCUACAUUGACAGCUACGAGAAGGACCCCAAAAAGAUUUACCAGGACCCACAGGUUAUGCUGGCUCCCUUGGUAGACAUCGCUCUUAAGGUCUCUCAGCUCAAAGAGAACACUGGACGCACUGCACCCACUGUGAUCACAUGAUUCCUCUGCCACACUGCCUCACUCGCCCUCAGCAACUGGAUACCUCCGCUGUCUCGGGGGUGAAGUUUCCCUUGAAUGCUGUCUUUGCUUCAGUUCCUUUGCCCUCCUAAAAACAAAGCUGGAUGAAACACUGACACGGAAAAUACAGGUUGACUAGCAAGAAAAUACACAAGAAGCACUUGAUUUAUCUUUCACUGACAGUUAUCCACUGCCAUUAUCUGGUAUUGACUUUAAACGCAAGGAAGAAAGUCAUAAAUAAUUUAUCAUGGCGCUUUUAAAGUGACCUGCCUUACAUACAGACAUUGUCACAUUUGUAAAAAAAGAUUAGGCAUUUGCAAUUUCACAACUGUCUAAUAUCAAAACUGUCUUGAUAUUUUUAAGAUUAAAUUGAGUGUGUGUCAUGUAAUUUCUGGAGCCAUAUUCAACUGUGUCAUCAUCCAGAUGUGUUCUGCAAAUAUACCUUUUUAAAUUUAAAAAAAAAUACUGAACUGACUAUAAAUCAGCAAUUUGGGGCAACUUCACCUGUCUCCCUCCACUUGUCCCCUGCUGACAUGGUGCCUUCCCCUCCCUCUGUUAUCCAAAACCACCAAAAUAGCCUCUGUGAACCUGAACCAUGAAACCACAGUUCAAGUCGUGAGAACUAACACAUCCAUCAUGAAUAAAAGAAGCUUAAAAAAGAAACAA